AUGGAAGAGAAAACCUCCACUGAAUUCAUCAACUUGAAAUCACAAGGAAACGAUCAACCUGGAAUGAACUUUGUGUCAGCACCAUUAAACGGCAACAAUUAUCUAUCAUGGGCAAGAUCUAUCAAGAUAGCCCUGGGAGCAAAACAUAAAUUGGGCUUCAUUGAUGGAUCAAAUAAAAAACCUACAAAAAGCAAGGAGGCCAUAGAAGCAUGGAAAAGGAACGAUUACAUGGUAGUUUCAUGGAUCUUGAGUUCCAUCGCAAAAGAAAUUGCAGAAGCGUUCCUAUAUGCGGACUCAACUAGGGACUUGUGGGUUGAACUUGAAACGCGAUUUGGUGACAGCAAUGGCCCUCUGCUCUACCAGAUACAAAGGGAAAUUGCCUCAAUAUCACAAAAGGAUAUGACUGUAGCAGUAUAUUUCACAAAGCUUAAAAGGCUUUGGGAUGAAUUGGGAUCAUUGGACCCUCUGCCUGAGUGUUCCUGUGGGGUAAGCAAGAAACUAUCGAAUAGGGCGACUUCCUAUCAAUUAAUUCAAUUCCUCAUGGGCCUUAGUGAUGCCUAUGACCAUGUGAGGAAUCAGAUCUUACUCAUAGACCCUUUACCAACUAUUGCGAAGGCCUACUCUAUGGUGUACAGAGUUGAGAAGCAAAGGGAAGUCAAGUCUGGCAUCUCUGAAUUAGACAAUGAAGGGGUCAUGGUUGUGCAGACUUUUGAGCCAAGAAAGCAAAGUAACAUAAGGGGAAACCUCAAGAAAUAG